GAGGCGAUAUUGUAGAAUUAUAGAGCACGACUUGGGCUAUCAGAAUAUAUAGAAAAACAUUUUUCAUAAGCCUUCUGUAAAAUAUUAUAGGAUCGGCGCCACUACUUUUGGUAUGCCCUAAGUAAUUCAUUAUGAGAAUCUUUUGUUUUAUAGGCGAAAAAUCAAUAGAUUUUUGUUUUUGAUGAUCACCCUAAGCUGACGGUAUGGGGUGUUUUCAGGCAGGUGCGCCCAAAUUUACAUCGCAGACACGGGCUCACAAAAGUCAGGUUUGCUAAAAAUCCCCACUAGAGAUCGCUCACUAAUGACCUAAAGAAAACUUUUCUUAAAAGUCUGAGACGGCCAUUCGAUAGAGGUCAGAAACUUGUCUAUAAGAACUAACUUUCAAGAGUUACAACUGGCAAGGUGACUCUGUGGCAAACUUUACAAAAUUUGCCAAAGAAAGACUUUUGCUGGGAUUUUAUAAUCUCUGUAGAGCGGUCAAAAAGUAAGAUAAUAUCAACUUGCCUAUAGCUGAAAUGUAGCCCAGUGUGCAUUCAAUCUAAUGGAAGAAAGACAAACCCUGCAGCUCGCUUUCAGUUUGAGUUAUAUGGUUCUUAAGGUGUUGACCCUGAACAAAAAUUCCCGACCUCGAGCUCGUUUUUCUUGAAAACUCCACGUCAGAUCUUCGUCAAAUUUUGUUCGUGAAGUCAAUACACUUUAAUUUUAAAUAGCACCUUUGAGAACCUCUUGAGAUUUGAGAUCUAGAAAAAUCAGCUUUCUAGGAUAUCUCCAGAAAUCCAACUUUUCAAAACUUUUUUCAACGCUUUUAUAAAAUAGAGCAGUCAGUUAUCUUUCGAAUGAGACGUCUUUGAGCUUUAUGGAGCGAUUUUCGGCAAAGUAAUUGACAGUACAGAACCGGGGUACUACAAGUCGCUUCUAAACCGUCAUACAUUACUAAAAUUCGAGUUUUGCAGCAAUCAUAGGCGGUAAAAGCCUCAAAGACGUCUCAUUCGAAAGAUAAUUGUCAAUUAUCUUUCGAUGUAAGCCUGUCUAUGUCAAUACGGGCUACAAUCUAAGCACAGCGGAACUUUGCUGACUUGAACUGGAUGUAAAUUUGGGCGGAGCUGCCUGAAAGCAUCCUAUAGUAAAAUGGGAUAUUUCUAUAUUUAAUGCUAAAGCAUCUAUCAGUAACUUUUUGUUUAACAUCUAUUCAACUAAACAAUUUUCAAAUGAGCAUAUCUGUUAUUAUUGCCAUACAAAAUGUGUUUAUUCUAUUUCAUUCAUUAUUCUAGUUUUGGCGUAAAAAUAAAACAAAACCAGAUCUUCCGUCUGUUGUUGAUGAGCACAAAAACGUAUGCAUAUUUGAUCAUAACUAUUUUGCAUAGUUCGAUCUAUUGACUAUGUUCUAUGUUAACUGUUUUUUAUAUGUAGGAGGAAAGUCAUGAAUGGGACCGUCCGAUAGAAUUUGUAUUUUCACUAAUAAGUAAUUCCGUUGGUUUAGGAAAUGUGUGGCGAUUUCCAUUUCUGGCUGCACAAAAUGGGGGUGGUGCAUUUUUGAUACCAUAUUUUGUAGUAUAUUUCUUAAUUGGUGCACCAAUAUAUUUUUUGGAAUUAGCUCUUGGACAAUUUUCUAAUAAUGGACCAGCUAAAGCGUUUUCAUUAGCUCGAGGAUGGCAAGGUAUGACGCAUAAUGAACAUUAUAAUGGGGUAUACCCCCAUACUCGGCAUGCACUGGUUUCAGUUUUUAACCGGUUAACCGAAACCGAUCAUAACCGAAAAUGUUGCACAAGUUCUUGAAAAUACGUUUGACAGAAUAUGAAGGAAGCAUCUGUUGUUUAAUCAACAACUCGUCAUCUCGGAAGAAAGAUGCACGAUGUACAAAAUCAGAAAUAAGCCAAAUAAGUGGUAUUUCUGACUUUUCACCAUAAAGAAGAGUUUUCCAAAAUGCAGUUUAGCAACAAAAGUAUAGCAAAUUAACUUUCCUAAAUUUUAUCUGCUGGACGUACCUUUAUACAAAUCGAUCUUCACGAUGAAAACUGAACUUACUGUCUUUCACCGUGAAGAUCGAUUUGUAUAAAGGUACGUCCAGCAGAUAAAAUUUAGGAAAGUUAAUUUGCCAUAC